AUGUCAAAUCAUAAAUGUCGUUCAAUUAUGUAUGAAUGUACAAAACUCACACCAAAUAUUGAUAUUUUUCCUGAUGAAAUGAAAGUCAUAAUGGAAAAUAAUAAACCUGAAAAAGGUUCCAUUAAUGCAUUUAAUGAUCGUAAUUUUAUCAGAGCUUUUGAUGAAUUUAAUACUUUUGCAUCAUCAUUCACUCUUUAUCGUACAGAUAAAGCAACAUAUUAUCGAUCUGUUUUAAAUACUUUAUGGAAUGGUCCAUCAUGUUAUUUUAGACAAUUAGUAAAAGGGGAUGUUAAGUGUGAAAAUCCUUGGCUAUCAAUUGUUGCAGCCGCUCAUCCUGGGACGAUUAUAAAUAUACUAAAAGAAGAGAAUAAUCAAUUGGGAGCAGAUGGAUUGUUUGCAAGAUUUAUAUUCUCUGCUCGAAUUUCACCAGAAGAUGUUCAUAAGCGUUGUAAGCGUGAAAUCAACAAUAUUACUGGAGGAUAUACACAAGAAUCUUAUUCUUAUCCAACUGCAAAUGAAGUUCUUAUACGCACACAUAAUGAAUACAAUAAUAUACUAAUAGAGUUUCAAGGUUAUGAAGAUAUAAUUUGUACAUUAUUUUCUAAAUCAUGCGAUCAUUUAUAUCGUAUUUGUGGUUUACUACAUUUAUUUCAUCAAGCAUGUAUUUAUGUCUUAAAAGCUAGACCACAAUUAGAAUAUUUAGUAUUCGAUGAUACUUCAGCAGAGUCAAUUCAACAAAUAGUCAAGUUAGCACAAGAAAAUAUUAAUGAUUAUUUAACUAUUUCACCUGAUAUAGCUCAAACUGCUGUUGAACUUAUGAAGUUUUAUGUUGAGACAAAAAAACUUUUACAUGGAUUCCCUUUAAAAAAUCAUUCAUCCAUAGAAGAAAGACAUAUUGGUCCUUCUGCAUCUCAAGAAGCAAAUAUAGAAAGAUCAAAUGAACAAAUAGAUGGAGCAUUACAAAAUAAUAAUAAUAACGAUAAUAAUAGUGUUCUUAGUAAUAAUAGUAACUUUUCAUCCUUAGUUUCAUCAAUUUGUCCAUUUGAUGGAAGAACUAUGGAUGCAACUAUAGAAAAAAUAUUACUUUAUAAUCAUAGAAUAAUAUCAAGUAAUCGAGUAGCACAAAUGUUACGACGUCCUAAUGUUAAUAGUCAGAAUGUGAAAAAAGUUUUUAUAUUCUUAAGUAAUUGUCAAAUGGGUACUUAUAAAAUCGAAAAACAAAAGAAAGGUAAACCUCGAUCAUUAUUCAUUAAGGCUGAUCUUCCUGAAGAUAAAGAAUCAUUCAAAUAUAAAUUAAUGGUGGAAUUUUUAAACGAUUUCCAUUUAACACCUGAUGAAUAUAUGAAACGUCUUCAAAGUAUCUCAGAAACAUCAAUUAUCUCAACCAACGACACUACAUCAUAA